AUGCGUUUUUCAGUGCUAACAGUGAGCGACUCAUGUGCGGCUGGAACGCGCGAAGACUUGAGUGGUCCCGCGGUUGUGGAACUUAUAAAGAAAUCACACAGGGUGGAAGCUGGAACUAUUAGCUCAACAAUGAUCGUUCCGGAUGAGCGUGGAAUGAUAGAAGCCGCUCUUGUCCAAAUGAGUGCUAAUAGUGAUGUCAUCAUCACAACAGGUGGAACAGGAUUCGGAAAAAGGGAUGUUACACCAGAGGUGAGCGAAUGUUGCCUUGAUAAGCGAUUAUAA